CAAAGCUAACCCACAGGAGAAACAGCGAGACAGCUUAUAAACUCAUUCGGAGAGAGGGAAUCACUAGGUUCACGAAUUUGCUUUCCGUCGACAGGACACUGAAGUGGGUCUAGCAUGUCAGGGAUGGCCUGCGUCGUUGCUUCUUUUUCUCAGAUUUCAUUCAGGAAGGGUAUUUUUUGGGGCGGAUCAGUAGAGUAAUCUGCCUUGUGUUGCCGAAACCACGCUCUCUGACAGACCUAGCGGUAGGAGGACGUAAGGCCCUCGUGACGCAGUGGUAGUUUCCAUUUCCGUUUUUUUUUUUUUUUUUUUUUUUUUUCGGAGAACCGGUUUUUUAGCAUGCGAUACCUUCCGCACCGUCAGGUUCAUCGUCGUCCGACGAGUCGUCUUUUAUGGAGGAUCUUAUCGAAGCGAUCUGGCCACAUCUAUUCCCGUCCUGGUCCGAAGCAUUAACCGCGUUAAUAGCCGCCUCGUUAGUAGCCUUCCUCCUCUAUCUCACCCAAUCCAAAGACGAUGCGGAAUCUUCCUCCCGAAACGCUCCGGCCGCGUCUGCCGGGAAAACCGGCGUGAAUGGCGGGGGGGAGGAUGAGAGCUGGGAGGAGGCCAGCCGACGUGUCAGGGAGCGGCAAGCCCGCGCGUUACUCGCUGCGCCAGAUCCCCUCACCGCCGCUCUCGCCAUCCCCGUGCGCCAGCUGGCAGCCGUUGAUUCGAGGAGAGUGGCCGCGAUUCCCGUGAACGCGCAGCCGCUGCUAGGGCUGAAUUCUAAGGAGGUAGUUAAGAAGGGGAUCGGUUCGAGAGCACGGCCUAGACAGGAUGUGAUGCAGUUAGCAGUGGCGACGCCGGGGGUAGGGGGAGCGGAUGGGGGAGGGAAAGGGGGAGUGGAGGGAGGAGGGAGGAAAGGAGGGGGGGAGGGGAGGGCUGUGAGCGGCUUAGCUGCGUCGACUAAGGCUGCUGCUGGUGCUGUUGCUGCUGCGGGUGGGAAUAUUCAAGAAGAAACGCUUAUACCUGUGGCCAUCAUCCCCAACCAGUCCCUUUCAUGCGCGGACGCCCUCCCCCCUGCGCCAGUCCCCCUGGGCGGAGCAGUCUCUGAUGCUCCCGCUUCCGCAACUGCUGGCGCGGAUGGGGAGGGGGAAAGGAGCGCCCUAGGGCACAUUCGCGGAGGUGAAUCCCUGGACAACUUUCCUUUACUGAGUAAAGUUACCGCUGGUGGUGGUGGUGGUGCUGCUGCUGCUGCUGCUGCUGCUGCUGGUGCUGCUGGUGCUGCUGGUGCUGCUGGUGCUAAUUCUGGUGCUGGUGGCGCUGCUGCUGGGAGCGUUCUUGCUGCUGCUUCAGGCGCUGCUGCUUUUGCUGGUGACAGAACCAACGGUCCAGAUUCGACCGGUGGUGGAACUCCUGACACAAAACCAGAGAAGAAGGAACCGCAGUGGGAGGGGAUCCGACGGUCAGCAUCAGACACAGCAGCGAUUUCAGCCCUGUUAACGGCUGGUGGGGCUGCGUUUACUGCUGGAAGAACAGGGGGAGGCGCAGGGGGGGGCGUAGGGGGGGGAGCAGGGGGGGGAGCAGGCGGAGGGGGGAGUGGGGCAAUUAGCACAAAGGCGGAACCAGUUGCAGGAAGGCCAAUAUCUCCUAUGGCGCCUCAACCCAUGAUCUAUGAAGUGAAAGUUGAUCUUCUGGCGGCGAAGAACCUGCCUGCUGCUAACAUUAGCGGCACUGCGGAUCCCUAUGCCAUUGUUUCUUGCGGCACGGAAAGACGAUUCAGCUCCGUCAUCCCCAGCUCUCGCAACCCCAUGUGGGCGGAGGAGUUUCGCUUCUUCUCCCCCUGUCUCCCCGCCUUGAUAUCGGUGCACAUGUACGAUUGGGACAUCAUAUCAAAGAAUGCAGAGCUCGGUGCCGCGUCCCUGCUGGUGGAAGGGGAGGCUCUGCCUUUCACGGCUUGGUACCCCCUGGACAAGGGCCUGGGGCAGGUAUGCCUGCAACUGCAGGUCACAGCCGUACCAAGGAAUAUAAUGGACAGCACCGCAGCCAAAGGGGCAGCCAUGGCGUCGUCCCGCUUGCGGCGGCUGUCCCAGCAGCCGAUGGGUGCCGGUGUAGGGGCAGGAGACAAGCCGGAUAAGCAAGGAGGCGAAGGCACGGAGGGGGAGAGGCCGGAGCAGCAGCAAGCAGGGGGGGGCACAGAGGUGCGGGAGAAGCCAGGUCCCCUGCAGAUGACUUUCGGGCUCCCGCCAGACGAGGUUAUCCGCCACUCCUUCUCGUGUGCACUGGAGCGCUCGUUUCUCUACCACGGCCGCAUGUUCCUCUCCGGCUCGCACCUGUGCUUCCACUCCAACGUCUUUUCCAAGGAGCUGUCCGUGUGCAUUCCGUACCAAGACAUAGAGGAGGUUCGUCGCAGCACGCAUGCGCUGAUCAACCCAGCCAUCACGGUGGUGCUGCAUCUGGGAACAGGGGGCCACGGGGUGCCUCCCCUUCCUUCUCCUGAUGGUCGAGUGAAGUACAAGUUCGCAUCGUUCUGGAACAGAGGCCACGCCAUGCGCCUGCUACAGGAAGCAAUCGCUGAGUUCUGGAAGAUGGAGGAGGCUGCUGCUCUGGAGGAGGAGCAGGACCGGCUACGAGCCAACAGCAUGAAGGACGGGGCAUUGGAGGGGGUUUCAUCACGAGGGGCAGCGGAGGUAGCAGAGGAGGAGAAGCAGCCGUUCCUUGACCCCAGUGUGCUGGAGUCGCUACUGCAGUUCGAGGUGCCCUGCACAGCCGAUUCGUUCUUCAGCCUCCUCUACUCAGACUCGUCUGACUUUGUUGUUGUGUACCGAGCCAAGCGGAAGGACACGGAGCUCAAGGUUGGGGAGUGGAAGGAGACGGAGCAGUACGGUGGAAAGAUGAGAGAGGUGACCUAUCGCUCUCUCUGUGACUCGCCCAUGUGCCCACCCUCCACUGCCAUGACUGAGUGGCAACACAUGGACUUCUCUGGCCCAGACCACAAACAGUUGGUGAUAGAGUCAAUCAAUCAGGCACAUGAUGUGCCCUUUGGGUCCUACUUUGAGGUGCAUGCGCAGUGGACGGUCAGAACGACAACCGACAAUCCUGACAGCCCAUCAUGCAACGCGGAGCUCAAAGCCGGCGUGCAUUUCAAGAAGUGGUGCAUGAUGCAAGGGAAGAUUCGGCAGGGAGCGCAGGCGGAGAUGAAGAGGAACAGCCAAGCGAUGAUGGAGAUGGCAAUGACUUACAUAGCAGAGUGGAAACUGAGUGGUAACCAGACAGCCGACUGUAACGCUGCUGGGAGCUGUGUUGGCAAUAGCAGUAUUCCGAAUAGCAAUGGAGGGGAUGAGGGAGAUGGGAGGAAGGGUGAGGGAGCGGGGAGGGAAAGAGUGGAAAAUGUGAUUGUUAUGAGUGGUGACAGUAGAGGAAAAGCAGCAGCAGACUCUGCACCAGGAGGAUAGCACGUUGGGUUGGGUGCAUUGUGUGAUCCAAGGUGUUGUGAAAAUGUUAUGUGCAGGUUUGAGUUGUCUGUUUUGCUCCUUGUAAAUAGUGAUUUGAAAGCAUUGAUGUUUCUAAUUCAAAGGAAUUAAUAUAAUGAGGUUGUAGUG